UAUUUAUUUAUUUUGAAUAGGGAGGACUUGUCGCUGAAGCGAAUUCCGAAAUCUUUGUCCGAGCUCUUCGCCUUCCACAAACCGCCGUCGCCGCCCUUUCCGCCCCUGCGAGAUUCUCAUAAUUUCUUCCUCGUCUAAUCAGAUUUAAGUUGUUUCCAGAAUCUCUUUGUUUCUACUGGCCAUCAAGGCCUAAGGAUUAGUUGUUAACGUGGAAUCAUCUUAGGCUAGUUAUACUUGGAGUUCGAUUUGUUGAUGCCGUCUUUGUGGUCUGAUAGUGCUGGAUCCUAGGUUGAAAUUGAAGUUCGAGGGUAUUUUGAUAGGAAGUGAAGGCCGUCAAGGAUGCAGGGGAGUUUUGGUCCAAAGGAGCAAAUUCUUUGGCCCCUCUCGGUUUUCUUGGGCAUUAUCAUGUGUAAAGUUGUAUAUGAAGUGACACGUAAAGUCAGUACGGUCUCUUUCAAAGGAUAUAACAAUCUCACCAAAUUACAGAAGAUUGAAUGGAAUAAUCGGGGAUUCUCAACUUUCCAUGCAGUGGUAGCUGCUGCAUUCUCAUUCUAUUUGCUGGUGUUAUCAGACCUUUUUAAGGGUGGUUCUGAAGAAGACUUUCUGGUUUAUAGAAAAUCACUUCUUUCUGAUGCUAUGUUUGGGAUAUCAGUUGGUUAUUUCCUUUCAGAUUUGGCAAUGAUCCUAUGGCUUUUUCCAUCAUUAGGCGGCAAAGAAUAUGUUUUGCAUCAUGGACUCUCCCUGUAUGCAAUCUCCCUUGCACUGAUUAGUGGUCAAGCACACAUUUAUAUACUCAUGGUUUUGUUCACUGAGGCUACCACACCAUUUGUGAACCUUAGAUGGUACUUGGAUAUUGCUGGACAGAAGAAUUCAAAUAUCUAUGUUUACAACGGUGUGGCUCUCUUCUUCGGGUGGCUGGUUGCCCGGAUCCUAUUGUUCAUCUACUUCUUCACACAUAUCUUUCUUAAUUUUGAUCAGGUAAGAACAAUGUUUCCCCUGGGGCUCUACAGCCUUCUGACAGCACCUCCUAUUAUUGCAGUGAUGAAUGUAGUGUGGUUUUGGAAAAUCUUCAAGGGCAUGGUGAAGACUCUCUCUAAGAAGAGGCACUCAAAAUAGUGAAGCAUUAUGACCUUGUGAUCUUGUUGAUAUCGGCAUUAAGUUGGACUGAUGAAAGAUUAAAGUUGAACAUAGAAAAUUUUCAUAGGUUUCCUCUUGUCUAAGUUUCUCUUGGAUAUGGCAUUAUUACAAGAUUGUGAAAGUGUUAUUCCCAACCUCUUCUUGUAGAUGGAGAAACAAACAACUAUUUGAUGAAUAAACAUCUUGUUGGGAUUAGAAAUU